AUGGAUUUGGGCAACGUUGAACGAAAUGCAUGUGCUGUUGGUGUGCGAUUUUUCUCGGAAGAAGGCAAGGAACUGAGUGAGGCUGCGAUUGUGUUACCGCUUUCGACAACAGCAGCUCAACUACAGGUUAGCGUCUACAAAAUCUCGGAUGAUCCAAUUCCAGUGACGUUUCGGACCAGGAGUGGUAUCUUAAUCGAGGAUUCAUUGGAAAGUUCAAUACCUACGCAAGGUGUUGAUGUGGAAAAGGGUAUCGAAUUGUUUUAUUACCCAGAGGCAGUGUUCUGUGUUCGGCCAGUGACACGAUGCACCUCAUCACUUCCCGGGCAUGGUGAGCCAGUAAUCAGUGUGCGAUUUAGUCCUAAUGGAAGAGAGCUUGCAAGUGGUUCCGGCGACACUACAGUGCGUUUCUGGGAUUUGAACACAGAAACACCUUUGCAUACAAUGAAAGGGCACACAAAUUGGAUAUUAUGCAUCGCAUGGUCGCCGGAUGGAAGGAAACUUGCUUCGGCCUGUAAAAAUGGGCAUGUAAGUUUUGUUGGCCAGUAG